AUGCUAGCGUCAAUUGUCCUUGGAAUUGGUGUCAGAGCCUCGUUGGCUGUUGCUCAGCAGCCUCUCGGGCCCGGCCAGACGCCAGAGGAUCCUAGCGGGCGGGACGGCCCGGAGGCAGCGACAAACACGUCAAAGCAUUAUCCACCUGCCCCAGACACCUGGGCCAACCUCACAUGGGCGCUAAACGGUACAGGGGCGCCGGGAAUCUACAAUUCCUCGCACACCCCAGACAGCCAGUAUGGCACGUACAACUGGUGCAACAUGCCACAUGUCCGCGCGCAGGAGUACAAGGUUCCCGUCGACGGGUACCAGCUGGUGUACGUCGAGGCCGUCCAGCGGCAUCAUAAACGGACGCCGUAUGCGUCGAAUACGUUGCGUCACGAGGACGUUACGUGGGAGUGUAACGGCGCGGGCCCAUAUGCACAUGCGCGUGCGGCCACCUUCUCCACCACACCAGUGUACUGGCAGAGCAUGUCUGGGACGCUGAACCCGUUCGAGAAGGUUGUGGACCCGGGGUUCGUUAACUCUACAUGCCGCUUCCCUUCUAUCACAACCGGCGGCCUUGAAGACGCGCGACAGCACGGCGAGGAUUUCCGCCACGUUUAUGUCGACCGCCUGGGCUUUCUCCCACCGGGUUCAAAUCGCGAUGAGUAUUCUUUCCGCGUCACGAACAACGUCAUCACGAGCGCGACACUUGGAGCCUUCGUCGCUGGACUCUACCCCGACCAGGAAGAGUAUGAGGCAUUGGUUCAACCUGAGACCUACGACUCGCUCGAGCCGUCCUUUCCUUGUCCUACCGCCUCGAAGCUGCUCAACCAGAUCCGACAGGAGGCGGAGUGGCUGCAACAUUUGAACGCGUCGACGGCACUCAUGAGCCGGUUCGACGAUGUCGCCGGCCGUGGGCCAGACGACAAGGACUGGCACGUCUCCUACGAUCAUGCAUACGACAACCUUUCAGCCAAACAAUGCCAUGACCUGCGCCUCCCUUGCUCUGCCACCAACUCCACGCUGUGUGUGCCACAAUCCGACGCGGACACUAUCUACCGCCUUGGCCACUGGGAAUACGCAUACAUGUACCGUGUCUCCAAUCGGAGCACAGCCUUUUCAGCACUGAAGAUGGGUGCGUGGUUCGGAGAAGUCGCCGAGCACCUGCGCACGGCGGCCGCCGGCCACAAGAUCAAGUACCGCCACAACUUUGCACACGACGGCUCCAUGGCCGCCAUCCUUGGUCUGUUGCAGUUCGCCAAGCCCAUGUGGCCCGGUACAGGUGCCGAAGUCGUCAUCGAACUGUGGAAGAAGGAAUCGGAAUCGGGCCGAAACUUUGUACGCGUCCUCUGGAGCGGCCAGCCAUUGGAGACGAGUACGCCACUCGGUACCCUCGAUAUGGUCCCACUCUCCGACUUCCUGGGGUAUCUCGAGCAGACGAUCCCAUCAGACCUCGUCUCGGCAUGCGCAUCCGAGAUCCCUAACUCUCCAAGUGUCCAGGUGCCACGCCAGUAG